AUGAGUGUCCCUCUGGAGCGUAUGACUUCAACAUCCGGAAAGGGUAGUCGUUCAUCUUCCUCCACCUCCAUUGUAAACUUACUUCUUUCAUCAAGUUGGUUAAUGAAAUUAAGGAAUUCACUUAAAUUUUCCUUACCAUGUGACCAAAUUGCAAAGUAUUCAUCCAAGUAUCGCAUGAGCACUCUUGGUUGCAGUGGUGACUUCUCGAAUUCUCUUUGCAACUUGUCCCUGUAUGCAUUUGCCAAAAGAGGUGAGAGUGGAGAUCCCAUCGGUAAUCCAAAUAAUUGCUCGUAUAUACUGCCAUUAAAUGUAAAAUACGUGGUACUUACUGUCAGGUUGAUCAGUCGUGUCAACGAUUCUUUCCGUAUGCGUUCUGCCUCCAGGAUGUCCUCUUCUUGCUCCAAUAUCUCCAGCAAUGCCCUUACCGGUUUCUCGCCUGAGAUGUUUGCGUACAUGGAUUUUACAUCCAAACUUACUAGCAGUUCCGACCCUACCAACCCAGUGUUCUGGAUCCUUUGA